AUGGAGUUAGCUAAAAUUGCCAAAAAUCUCGUCAAAUGCGUCUCAACAGGUGAGAACAUUGCUCUGGAGAGCUUCUGGCAGAAGCAGGCAUGUGUGAUCACCUUUUUGAGGCGGUUUGGAUGACCCUUCUGUCGACUGAGUGCCAAGCAGCUCAGUCUCAUCAAACCUCAGCUCGACGCCAACAAUGUCCGUCUUGUUGGUAUUGGCUUGGAGGAAGUGGGUCUGGAACAGUUCAUCCAGGGAGACUUCUUUAAUGGAGAACUUUACAUUGAUACAAAAAAGCAAUGUUACAAGAAGCUAGGAUUUAAAAGGUUAAAUGUUUUAAGUAUAUUUCCUUCAGUUCUUUCCAAGUCAUCUAGAGAAGCUUUAAACAAGGCCAAACAAGAAAAUAUAUCUGGAGAUUUUAGAGGAGAUGGUUUCCAAAAUGGUGGCACCCUUGUUGUAGCACCAGGAGGAGAAGUGUUAGUAUCAUACAAACAAGAAAAUCCCAGUGACCAUAUGGAUAUCCAGGAAAUUUUUCGAGUGCUUGGAAUAAAAGAAGAGCUCUAGCAGCAUUUUUACCAAAAAUUACAGAAAUAAUUCUGUAAAUAUUAACUGACAUACGGUAUAUUAGAUUCACAACUACUGUGAAACCAGUUUAUCAGUACGGGUAUAUUCAGAUUUUGAGGGAAAAUAUAUGCUGAUCCUGCAAUGUGACUCUUAAUUGGUACAAUUUAAACAAACAGCAAUAAAAAGCUCAACAAAGACAAUUAACAUAAGAAUCCCUCUACAGCUGAGAAAUUCUCAGGUAUUUCUUAUACGGCAUCUGAUCACUAUUGUAUAUAAAAGUUAACAUAUUAUAGAUUCCAUUUUACACAGAGAAUAUUGUUUUUUAAAAUGUUAUAUUUUUAUAUGUGUAUACAUGUACGUUUUCGUUUGCUGAUAUUUUGCUUUUGCUGCUGUAUUGAUAAAAUGUUCACACAUGAAUGAUACUGGUCAUAGAAAUCUUACACUGUGACCAGUGGAGAGUAUUUGUGUGAUCUACGUGUCUUUGUAGCAUAGAGCAUUAUACAAGCAAAUAAACUGCUCAAAAUUUCUCAAGAAUGCUGAUUUUUGUUGGAAAUAUGAUAGUUAACCAAAAUAGUGUGCUGAAUUUAUCUUGACAUUAAUAAAAUACUUUCUUUUAAUAGUA